CGUUGAACCCCUGCGCAGCGCUCCUCUGCAGGCUGCCCUGGGAUCUGACUGAGGGAUUUCCUCCGACCUGUCUGUGGUUCCCCAAGCCGGACAGCGAGUCACACUUUUCGGACUUGAGCGCUUCGGAUGGUGGGAGGAGAAACUUUUCUUGGGAAGCUAAGCAAGAGCCGGACCCGAGCACCGCAACCCAGGUUGGGCUCUGACUGUAGCAGACAUUAGGACAGAGGUGCCUUUUCCUCUGCUCCUCCUCCUCUUCCUCUGUGCUCCAGCUGCUGCAGCCCCAAACCCAGAGCACUUUCCCCCGGACCGGCUGGUUGGCGGUGACGCAGCGGACCAUGGACACGAGGCCUGCCCGGACAAGGCGACCCGGCGCCGCGCGACAUCUGCUGCUGGCAGCCGCUCUCCUCGCCUGCUGCUCCCAGCUUGUGGUGGUGGAUGCCAACUCUUGGUGGUCACUAGCUCUGACCCCCAUCCAGCGGCCAGAGAUGUACAUCAUCGGAGCACAGCCUCUCUGCAGCCAGCUCUCUGGUCUCUCCCAGGGCCAGAGGAAGCUGUGCCAGCUAUACCAGGACCACAUGGUCUACAUCGGAGACGGAGCCAAGACGGGCAUCAAGGAGUGCCAGUACCAGUUCAGACAGAGGAGGUGGAACUGCAGCACCGUGGACAACACCUCAGUGUUCGGACGGGUCAUGCAGAUCGGCUCCAGGGAAACAGCCUUCACCUACGCCAUCAGCGCCGCUGGCGUGGUCAACGCCAUCAGCCGGGCGUGCCGCGAGGGCGAGCUCUCCACCUGCGGGUGCAGCCGUGCCGCUCGACCCCGCGACCUGCCCCGCGACUGGCUGUGGGGUGGCUGCGGCGACAAUGUGCAUUAUGGGUACCGCUUCGCCCGGGAGUUCGUGGACGCCAGGGAGAGAGAGAAGAACUACCCACGAGGCUCAUCGGAGCACACCCGCAUGCUGAUGAACCUGCAGAAUAAUGAAGCGGGCAGGCAGGCGGUGUAUAAUUUAGCCAACGUGGCCUGUAAGUGUCAUGGAGUCUCUGGCUCCUGCAGCCUGAAGACCUGCUGGCUCCAGCUGGCCGACUUCAGACGCGUCGGCGAGUUCCUGAAGGAGAAGUACGACAGUGCCGCCGCCAUGCGCAUCGGACGCAAGGGCAAGCUGGAGCAGGUGGACAAGCGUUUCAACGCCCCGACCCCAGAGGACCUGGUCUACAUCGACCCCAGCCCCGACUACUGCCUCCGCAACGAGACCACGGGCUCCCUGGGCACGCAGGGGCGCCUGUGCAACAAGACCUCGGAGGGCAUGGACGGCUGCGAGCUCAUGUGCUGCGGCCGCGGCUACGACCAGUUCAAGACCUACAAGCACGAGCGCUGCCACUGCAAGUUCCACUGGUGCUGCUACGUCAAGUGCAAGCGCUGCACGACGCUCGUGGACCAGUUUGUGUGCAAAUAGCUCGACGAGGGACGGAAGGAUGGCCGGAGAUGAAAAAGGAA